AAGUCAUAUUGUUUGCUUUGAAGACCUUGGGGAAGGCGAGCGAUGGUUAUAAGUAGUGGGAUGGAUUAGUCAAAUAUUGGGAAAAUUUGUUUUAGACAGUUUCACACAAGUUUUAAAUGGUGAGGGGAGAAUGACAGACGGCGAGACCGGAUCCUGGGGAAGUGGAGACCACUUUGGAGCAUGCACACCGAUUUAAAGCCGUCCGAAACUACUGGUGAACCGGUGACGAGGGUUUUCUGAAAUGGUGUUGGAGGGCUUCGGCGCCAAGCAGCCCUGCUGCGACUGCGAGCUGACUCCGGAGGACCCUCAGUUCAGGAUCACCCCGACCCAGCAGAUGGCCGCCGCCUGUUCUGGCGCUCUUAUUACUUCUUUAUUCGUUACACCUUUAGACGUUGUCAAAAUUCGAUUACAGGCACAACAAAAAACACUGUUGACGAACAAAUGUUUUCUAUACUGCAAUGGCUUGAUGGACCAUUUGUGCACGUGUGUAAAUGGAAAUGGCACACAGGACUACUGGUAUAAAAGGCCCAGCCAUUUCAACGGGACUAUUGUAAGUAGUCAAAACCGGCUCCGCCCCGCCAGAGUCAAAACGCCUUUACGUUUCCAGGACGCCUUUGUAAAAAUAGCAAAGACUGAAGGUGUACAGUCACUCUGGAGUGGGCUGAGCCCGACGCUAGUGCUUGCUUUGCCUGCCACUGUGGUCUACUUCGUCACAUACGAACAGCUAAGGAUUAGGUUGGUCGACUGGUCACAGAAAGAAAGAAAUGAACCACAACCAAUCUGGGCACCCCUCAUUGCAGGAUGCACUGCGCGACUGUGGGCCGCGACCAUAGUGAGUCCGCUCGAACUCAUUAGAACCAAAAUGCAAUCAAAACGGCUAAGUUACUUAGAAAUGCAUGAAGCAAUAAAGGCUUUGAUUAAAUACCAUGGAUGGCAAGGGCUUUGGAAAGGAAUUGGGCCAACUUUGUUAAGAGAUGUUCCGUUUUCAGGUAUUUAUUGGGUUACCUAUGAGAAAUUUAAAACUUUGAACAGGAGUAAGCAAACAAAUUUUGCCUUUUGCUUUCUUGGGGGCAGCAUUGCAGGAAGUCUGGCUGCAUUUGUUACCACACCGUUUGAUGUAGUCAAGACGUAUCGACAAAUUGAGAUGGCAGAAAAAGAAAUCAUUACAGGCCGUUAUGUUGUUUCAGAACCACCCAGUCUUUCCAAGAAGUCCACUUAUUCGGUGAUGUCUAAUAUUUACAGAAGGAAUGGCUUGAGCGGACUUUUCACCGGCCUCAUGCCUCGAAUAAUCAAAGUCGCCCCGGCCUGUGCGAUAAUGGUGGCGACGUUCGAGUACGGGAAGCAGUUCUUUCAAAAUCACAACAUGAACGAAUAUAAGAAGAAUCAUAAGCAUAAUCAUGCCGUUUGAGUUUAGUUCCUUUUCUAAAUUUCCAUUUCAAUUUUAAACGCGUAAGUUCAUGUUGAGUUGUAAAUACAUUUUUGUUUAAAAAAAACAACAAGUUGUUUGAUAUUGUACACAUUCAUUUGUAAAUAGAUCUUUGUAGAUUUGGUUUAGCUCACCGUA